AUGGCCCGAGCCAACGGAACUUUAUUUACUCUUUUGGGUAUAGUUACCUGUUUUAUCCUCAUCGGCGGAAUACAUGGAGCAAAUAUAUUGUGUUUAUUCACAAGCAUAAGUCCAUCACAUUUGGUUAUACAAAUGUCGAUGGCUAGAAUUUUAUACGACAGGGGACAUAAUGUGACUGUUGUGACAACGCUCAAGUCACCGAUUCCCAUUGAUCAUACGAAUAUCAAUCAUAUACAAGUUGAAAUCUCCGAAGAAGAUAAACAAAUGUUGAGUUCUCUAUUCGGCGAUAUGGCCAAAACUGAUAAUUCGAAUGUGGUUCUGUCCAUGUUUCGUUCAUUUAAAAAAGUAAGUUUUAUAUUCAAUAAAGUUGCGGGGACUUUGACAGAUCCACUUGUGCGAAAUCUAUAUGAGAACAAAGAUAAUAACUUCGAUCUAGUCAUUGUGGGUUACUUUAUGAAUAGCUCUCCAAUGGCCAUUGCUCAUAAAUUGAAAGUACCAUUGAUUGUGCAAGUUUGCAAUCCGCCCUCGGAUAUAACGGCUGGUCGUAUGUUGGGAAAUCCCAAAGAAUUGUCCUAUGUUUCUGCCCAAUAUGCAUCUGCUAAUGAAGGAGAGCAGACAUUUGGAAAACGAUUUGCAAAUAUAUUUACUAGCUUGGGCGUAAAUGGAUUCAUGUUUUUCGUAGAUAAGACAAACGAACAAAACUAUUACAAACUCGUUGGCGAUGAUGCAAGUUUUCCUGAUUAUGCGGAUCUAAACAAAAAUAUAUCUCUGGUGUUUUUUGCCUCACAUGCUCCCAGCGAAGGACCAAUACGACCCAAUGUUCCUGGAGUUAUUGAAGUGGGCGGCAUUCAGGUCAAAGAUCAACCAGAUCCUUUACCCCAAAACAUAAAGGAAUUCAUUGGAAAUGCCACAAAUGGAGCAAUCCUUCUAAGUUUGGGUAGCAACAUAAAGGGAUCUCACAUUAAAGCCGACACUAUGCAAAUAAUGUUCAAAGUCUUAUCAAAGCUGAAGCAACGUAUAAUCUGGAAAUGGGAAGAUUUGGAUAAUACACCCGGCAAGUCAGAUAAUAUACUCUACUCUAAGUGGGUGCCCCAGGAUGAUGUUCUUGCCCAUCCGAAUAUAAAAUUAUUCAUCACUCAUGCUGGCAAAGGAAGCAUUACAGAAGCACAGUAUCAUGGCAAACCCAUGUUGGCUCUGCCAGUUUUUGGAGAUCAACCUGCCAACGCUGCAGUUAUGGUUUCUCAACAUUUUGGUCUCAGUCUAAGUCUUUUGACGCUUGAGGAGCAACAGUUUUAUGACAGCUUAAUCGAAGUUCUGGAAAAUCCAAAAUAUACCCAGAAAGUUACAAAAUUUUCAUCACUCUAUCGUGAUCGUCCUUUAACAGCACGUGAGAGUGUAAUAUAUUGGACCGAAUAUGUAAUUAGACAUCAUGGAGCAAAGCACUUGCAAAGCCCAGUAGUUCAUAUGAACUUUAUAGCUGCCAAUAAUUUGGAUAUUUAUGCCUUAAUAUUGGUUGUACUUUUAAUUAGUUUUUAUACAACAAAAAUUUCAAUUAUUUGGCUAUAUGGCAAAUGUAAGACAAAGACAUCUAAGUCUGCCCAACAAAAAGUGAAAGUUAAGCGAAACUGAGUACAAAAACAUUAAAAUGACUUAAUUGAUAAGAGAAAUAAAAGAAAUUAAUAACAAA